UCCCGAAUAGCACUAACCUCAAAGUCAAGCUGCUCUAGUCUGUCAUAUCAACGUGAUUAUUUUCGGUCGUAUGUUCUCUUCAUUGUAACUAUAUGUUUUUACGUAUUCAUACAUGAACUGCACAUCGUGUGGAGGCGUCUUUUCAGUUCAAUAUAAACAUAGAGGCUGGCAAGAUAUUUCAACGCUAACGCAUUGCAAAGCUAGUGAAGCUAACUAGCCGAUUUGACAAGACGUUACACCAUGGAGCCCGAAGCACAAAUACGAAACCUGCGGGACUUUCUGAUGGUCUACAACCGUAUGACAGAGAUCUGUUUCCAGAGAUGCACCAGUAACUUCAACUACAGAAGUCUCACCAUGGACGAGGAGCGCUGUGCAGACAGCUGUGCGGGGAAGCUGAUCCGCUCUAACCACCGUCUGAUGGGGACCUAUGUCAACCUGAUGCCGGGGAUGGUGCAGCGCCGCAUGGCUGAGAUGGAGAAGAAGAACGCUGAGCUGGUCACAGCAGAGGCUGAGGCUGCAGGUGCACUGCAGGGGACAGCUGACUUGGCUGAUCAAAGCCUACCGAUAGCCUCAAUCGGGGGUAAAGCCUCGGGGACAGGUGAGGCUGUGACGGCUUCAGAGGUAUCGGUGAUGGCUGGCUCAGUCUUAAAGCCUGCUGUUUUAGAUGUCUCUGCAGACCUGGGUCCAGCUGCUUCACCCGCCACCCCCUCCUCACCUGAACCCCCCUGCACCACCUCUACAGAGGUUAAACUAGCAGCUGCCUCACCCGCCGCCUCAGAACCACUGGUGCCUUCCUCCCUCUCCCAGGCUGUGAAUGGAGUAGGGCUCACCAGGCUGACUUCAGGCCCAAUUUUAGAGUCGUCCCCUGUUAGAUAUGAUCAAUCCACAGUCACUGCUGUUCCUAGUGCAGCACCAACUGGUCCCCACCGUAGUAGAUAACCAGGCACCAGUAAUGUUAGUUCCGCCCACAUUUACACAUAUGGUGCCUGUAGAGGCGACACCAGCACCUACAAUAGAGGCUCCUAUGGUAACACAGAGAUCAACCCCAGGCCCGGCCUUAACCCCGACCCUAAGCCCAGCCCUAACCCUAAGCCUGGCCCUAACCCCGACCCCAGGCCAGUCCCUAACCCCGCCCCAGGCCCGUCCCUAACCCCAGCUCCAGUCCCAGCUCCUACCAGUGUUGUCCCUCUCUUCCCCCAGACUACUGCCCCCAUCCACCCUAACCCCAGCUCCUACCAGUGAUGUCCCUCUCUCCCCCAGACUACUGCCCCCAUCCACCCUAACCCCAGCUCCUACCAGUGAUGUCCCUCUCUCUCCCCCAGACUACUGACCCCAUCCACCCUGACCCCAGCCCUGACCCCGGCCCUAACCCCAGCUCCUACCAGUGAUGUCCCUCUCUCCCCCAGCCUACUGCCCCCAUCCACCCUGACCACACAGGACUGUCAUCUUGAGUGUAUGUAUAGAGUUGAACCAAGGAUCCUGGAGAACUACUGGAGGUGCAGGGUUUCAAUACAGCCCUGCACAAACAUUCUGGUCUUCAGUCAACCUGGAGUCCUUGCUAUACUUGUCUGAAUCAAGUGUGCCACCUUACUACCCUGCAGGGUAAGUGCUUGGUUGUCAGCAAUACAGAGUACAAUAUGUUGAUGAGGAUUUUGCCUUGUUGUACAACACUGGCUUACACCGUGAUGGAAAAAUACUAUUCUGUCAAAUAUUAAACGAUUCUGGAAAGGAAGUUGUGAUUUUUA